UACACAUUCAUUGAAGAAUCGUUUUUCUUCUGUUACUAUUCUGCUGAUUCUGUUACAAUUUGUCAAAGACUCAAAAAGUUUAUCAUGUAGGAAAUAGAAAGGAUUUUGAUCUUGUUGUCUCAUGCUUGUGGUUAUACUUUGUUUCAAACAAUCAUAGAACAUUUGUAUUUUCGAUUCGUGCUUAUGGGAACAGCCGCAACCCAUAGAAGGUGCAUCAACAAAUGUGGAGCAGCGAGCAAAACUAAUACAAACACAAAAGAAAAAAAAAUGCACUCACAUAUAUCUCCGUGUGAAAAACUAGUUGCUUGACUCUUUAUAUGCUACAACAACAAUUAUUUAUUGUUGAAUAAUAUGUGUUAGGUGGUAUUUUUGAAUAUUUAAGAGUUUAGGAACAGCUCUUUAUAAAUAAGGGUUUUAUUUGUGGACCUCUUUUGUAAUUUGUUACUUUACCCUAGUUCCCAUUUAACAUGAGAUUAGGGCAGCUUUAGUCAAUACGAUAGAAAGUUCUCUCUCUCUCUCUCUUUCUCUCGUUCUCUUCUCUUCUCUCCCUUGGCUGCACGUAACAUGGUAUCAGAGCCCAACCUUCCUUGGGACUGAAACCUCUCUCACUGUGCUCAUCCUCUGUCUCUCUCUUCCUCUUCUUCUAUUCUCGUGGAUAGUUCUGAGAGCACGACAGGCUGAACGUGCAUAUUAGGCUUGAUCUAGGGUUUUCUUAAGCAAAAGAUUAAAAACCUUAGAUCGAUGCCCUGUUGAAGUGGACGUGGAUGGACGUUGCAGGUGUCUCCCUCACGUGGCAGAAGUUUCCUUUGUGGUCGGUGGUCACUAUUUGGUGAAUGGAAGUCGCUGCAGCCGUGGAUAUUACAACCUUUUUUUUUUUCAGCCGUGGAUCUGCCCUAGGGUUCUGUCAACCGUGGAUAUGUCCUUCCUCUUGUUGGAUGUUGCUGCCGUCGAUUUGCUCUAAAUUUCAGUCAGCCGUGGAUCUCUAGGUGAUAUCUGUCCUUCUUUUUGUUGGAUAUUGCACCCGUGAAUAUGAAUUCUUUCUUUAUCGUGGAUCUGCCCUAGCUGGUGUUGGAUGUUGCAAUAGUCGACCUGCUCUAAGUUUCAGUCAGCCUUGGAUCUGCCCUAGGUGCGAUCUGGUCUAAGUUUCAGUCAGCUGCGGGUUAAAAUUCCUUUAUCAUUUGCAUACUUUAUCGUCCCUUUCUGCAGUAUAUAUAUAUAUUAGUGCUGUUCUCUUUUUGUGGGAGUUGUGAUGGAGCUUGGACAGCCGUCUAAUAUGGGAGACAAUUCUAAGAUCGAGUCUCAUACUGAAUACAAGGUGGUUGGGAAUCAUUUCUUCUAUGGUUCUACUGUGAAAUUAGAUGGUCACAACUAUGAAAUCUGGUCACGAAUGUUUAUGAUGUCUGUAGUAGGACAUCAGAAAGACCAUAUCAUUGAUGAAGAUGAACCGAGUGUUAAAACUGGGAAAUAUGCCACAUGGAAAGAAGAUAAUAGUAUUGUUAUGUCCAGGAUCAUGAACAGUGUGCAGACGGAUAUAGCUCCUACUCUUGCCUACAAUACGACUGCCAAACAUAUGUGGACGUUCUUGAGACAAACUUAUUCUCAUGACAAGAAUGUCUCAAAAAUUUUACAAGUUGAGGAAGAGUUACUUAAACUGCAGCAAGGUGAAUUGGAACUAUCUCAAUACUUUGCUUCAGUUAAAGCUGCGUAUGAACGAUUGAAGGCUCUUCGACCUCCAUGUCAGGCAUGUUACAGGACGCAUUUUGAGCAGACUAUGGUGACUAAGUUCUUGGCUGGUUUGUCCCCUAAGUAUGAGGUUGCAAAAGUUCUGAUGCUUACUGGAGCAGAAAUUCCAGAUCUUGCUGAGGCAUAUAAUAGACUCAGUAGAUUGGCUGUAUCUCUCUCUCAGUCCCAGAGUGAGUCUCUUUCUGCAACCUUAGCUGUGUUUGGAGGGCGUGGGCAAGCCACUAGGGGAAGAGGCUCAGGUCGUGGUGUAGGGGGUAGAGGAAGAUUUCAAUGUACAUUCUGUGGAAAAUUGGGACAUUUGGAAGAUAGAUGUUGGGACAAACAUGGUAGACCGGCUUCUACCUCCCAUGGCAGGGGAUCUAGUACUUCAGGGGGCAGAGGGACCUUCUCUUCUCAUAUUCCUGUAGGGUCUACCCGAGUUGCUACACCACUGGGAGAGACUCCUUCCUCGAUGAAUUCUGGGAACUCCACAGUGACUAUGAGUAAGGCAGAGUAUGAUCAGCUUAUGGCUCAGCGACCUCCUCCUACCACGAUGUCUACAGCUGCCUCCUCAGUCAUGGUGGAUUCUGUUGCUAGUACUUCUUCUCAUGAAUCAGGACUUGCAAAAUGGGAAGACGAUUGGUGGCGGCCAUGAGCACAAGAGAGUUUACUUAUUGUCGGAACGAGUGGAGGGCGUGGCAUCUAUGGCUCUAUCUAAGCCAACUCCAUAUCAGUGGCAUCUCCGUCUAGG